ACACACAAUCGAGCCAUGACUGUCUACGGUUUCUACAUUUUUGACCGCCAUGCUGAAUGCAUCUACAAACGUCGCUGGCUAGGUCGUCCAGUCUCAAUCAGCAGCAAAUCCUCGCUUCCCACCUCACAACUACAACAGUCGAACAAUGCAGGGCCCCGAGGGUCGUCGCGAAGCGCUGAUGAUGACGCUAAGCUCAUUUUCGGAACGGUCUUUUCGCUACGGAAUAUGGUACGCAAACUAGGCGGAGAGGACGAUAGUUUCAUCUCCUAUCGUACCUCGCAGUAUCAGUUACACUUUUAUGAAACGCCUACCAACAUCAAGUUUGUCAUGCUCACUGAUUUGAAGUCGCCGAGUAUGCGCAUUGCGUUGCAGCAGAUAUAUGUCAAUCUUUAUGUAGAAUAUGUGGUCAAAAAUCCGCUCUCUCCUGUUGAGCACCCCGGCGGAGUUGGGGUUAAUAAUGAGCUCUUUGAAGAAUCUCUCGAACAGUUUGUUACUCGGGUCCUUUCUUGAAACGUUCAAUUGGUGUCGGUCAUCACGAUUAUAUGGCAUAUCAGGCCAAAUCUGUUCUUAUGGAUCCAUAGAACCUGUCAGAAGCCUUCAGAGACUGACGAGUGCGAGACAUAUCGGAGGUCCUAUGGACUUUCCGGGAGCACGUGCCGUGUACAACGAUCCCGACGACAUCCCACCCACCGUGCUUCACAUCUAGACGAUUCACGAUAACCUGGCUGUAUCAGCUCUGGGGCGAGAUAUCGGUCUCAAACUCCGCUCGGUGCCAAGAGAAUGGAACUACGUACAAGGUUGCCACGCGGAGUCGGGACCAGUUGUACAAGAUUCUUGUCCGGGAUGAAUAGACGUGGGAAGAACUACUUUUACGUACAUAGCUACACACUUCAAGCAGACCUGUCACAGUCUCACAUUUUGGCAAGUCAAAGCACGCGAGUCAUGGCCACUCAAGUACCCAGGAGGAUGUAUUUACAUAAAUGCAUCAAAUAACUCCAGCUCUUGAAUGCAUUUUUUCUCAACCAGCAAUAACCCUCUCAUUCCUCGCAGCCUACUCUCCCGGCAAAAUCCUUAUAUCUAACUGAUCCCACCACCUCCCCUCCAAAACAAA